AUGAGCAUUGGUGCUGGUGAUGCUUCGGCUAUAUUACCGCCAGCGUUAAUGGCACGACCAAGUGUACGUCGGGGUUCCGUUUUUUCGGAUCUGAUCACAAUUUUUCGACGAAGUAGUACCCAUCCAAAUCGACUGAUACAAAAUCUUUCACGUUCAUCAACCAAAAAUUCGAUAACGAAUAAAACACAGGAAACCGAAGAAUUUCUUAAGCCAACAACACAUAGGAAUGAACAGAACCAAGAAGAAGAGUUAGAAGAGAGUGGUCAGCCAAUGAGUCGACAAUUGUUGCUGGACAAAAUUCGGGAAAAAAAAGAAGUGAUUGGGAAAUUACGUUGUCAACCAUGGGAUAUGAACCGUAAACGACGUACUCUAAAACUAGCACAGCAAUAUGUGGCGCAGCACGAAUCACGGGUAUCCAAGACAAACUUGUUAAAAGUGGAACUGAAGAAGAGAUGGGGCGCGUUCUGUCGUUGGGCUGAUAAUGUCAAAAUUUACUUAAUACCAUGGGAAGCUAAAAUUAAACGCAUUGAAAGUCAUUUUGGAUCUGUCGUUUCCUCAUAUUUCACCUUUCUUCGUUGGAUAGUUUACGUAAAUUUGAUGAUCACCUUGAUUAUAAUCUCAUUCGUCGUCAUUCCAGAGAUGUUGGCGGAUGCGGCAGCAGAUCCAAGUCGUGUGAAUCGUACUGCCUCAAGGAAAAUCAUACCAUCACAAGAAUUAAUUCAUGCAGAUGAAUUACAUGUCGUUUCAAAUUUUGAUGGCUAUUUGAAGUAUUCACCAUUAUUCUAUGGUUAUUACAGUAAUGAUGAAUUUGUUGGAGGACGUGUACGAUAUGCGAUACCACUGGCCUACUUUAUUAUCACUUUAUUUGUAUUCGGAUAUAGCUGCUUUGCAAUUCUCAGGAAGAUGGCAAUGAAUGCUCGCCUAAGUAAACUGUCAGAUAAAAAAACGGAUCAGUACGUAUUCAGUUGGAAACUAUUCGGGAGUUGGGAUUAUACAAUUGGUAAUAGUGAAACAGCCAAUAAUACUGCAAUGGCCAUUGUCAUCAAACUUAGGGAAUCAAUUGUGGAAUGUCGGGUAGAUUCAGCAAAAAAGUUCAGGCCGUUACUUUUCUUGGCUCGAGUAAUAGCGAAUGCUAUCAUCCUGGCUAUGCUUGCAUUUUCGAUCUAUAUGAUCUCAUUUGCUGUUCAAACAUCUGAGACAGUCGAGAAAGCUGGCACUUUAUUCACGAAGAAUCAGGUACCUACAAUAAUUGCUACUAUAACCAAUGUUUUCCCAAUGAUUUUCGAUCUCAUCGGUCAGAUUGAAAGAUAUCAUCCACGAACUGCUCUUCGAGCUCAUUUGACAAGAGUUCUGGUUCUCCAUGUGCUCAACUAUAUUACAUUUAUCAUAGCACUAUUUGAGAAGCUUGACAAAAUUCGUGAUGAUGAAUUGAUGAAAAUUAUUAACGAACAGAAUGCUAUGUUUCUCCACGAUGAACAAAACUCGACGUCUACCGAAUUUCACAGUCGUAAUUUUGCUAAUACCAAGCAAGCCAAUAUGUUUGCUGAGACAUCUUUAGGACGUUUUUCCAAUCUAUACCAAAAAAAAUCUCAAAUUCAUGCGCAAAUCCGCAAGAAGCGACAAACAUCGAAUACUAAGAAGUCAUCAUCCAGAUUUCCGAGUGGUACCACAGUAGAGUCGCAUUAUGGCCCUGUUGGUUUGAAUAAUCCAAAUGUACUGCUCGCCAAUAAGACUUAUCCGUGGGAUCAAGGAAGAUUUCGAGCAAUUCGGAUCGGUCCACCAUCACUUCCAACUUUUCCGAUCCCUCCUUUGCCACCUAAUCCAACACUAAACACCAGUGUUCUUACGGAAGUGGGUCCACAUUGGGAAUUACGAUCAAAAUGGCAACUUCCAAAAGCCAUAGACUUAACGACAGCAGCUACAAUAGAGGCAUCGUCAAAAGCGGUAGCAAAAACGACUCGGAUUCCAUGGAGUAGUAAAAAGAGACCAAAACCAACUAAAAUAUUAAAGAAAACAACUUCUGCUCCGAUCUUAACCUUUGAUUCCAAAGAAUAUGACAUUGCUUCUACACAAGCACCUAUAUCUUCUAUGGUUAUUGAAGAUAUGAUAAGAACCGGUAAAAUUUCAACCAAUAUAACCGGAGGAAGUGACACCGAUGUUUUCGCAACUUCUGAACAGGUGAACAUUACUUUACCGAAUCAAAACCAAACAACUGCAGCUUCUUUCAGACGGCCAACUUCAAAUUCCACUCCAGACAACAAUGAUAUGGUACGUAUUCUCUUGAAGAACAGGCAUGCUAACUGA